AUGGAGAACUUGGAGAAGCAGCUGAUUUGUCCCGUCUGCCUGGAGAUGUUCUCCAAGCCGGUGGUCAUCCUGCCCUGCCAGCACAACCUCUGCAGAAAAUGUGCCAACGACAUCUUCCAGUCGUCCAACCCUGCGUGGCAGUCGCGCAGCUCGUCCAGCGUGGCCACCAGCGGGAGUCGUUUCCGCUGCCCGUCGUGUCGUCACGAGGUGGUCCUGGACCGCCACGGCGUGUACGGCCUGCAGAGGAACCUGCUGGUGGAGAACAUCAUCGACAUGUACAGACAUCAGGAGGCCUCACGGACAGUUAUAGUCAAGCCUGAGACGCAGCAGCAGCAGCUGACAUGUGACGAGCACGAAGACGAGAAGAUCAACAUCUACUGCCUGUCCUGCCAGACGCCCACCUGCUCCAUGUGCAAAGUGUUCGGCCGGCACAAAGAGUGUGACGUGGCGCCGCUCAGCAGCGUCUACCUGCGGCUCAAGACUGAACUCAGUGACAGCAUCGCCGGCCUGGUUGCCAAUAACGACCACAUCCAGGCUGCCAUCAUGCACAUGGAGGAAGUAUGCAACGCCAUCCAGGAGAAUGCUUGCCACCGGCGCGAGCAGGUCGCCAGCCAGUUGGAGACGCUGACGGCCAUCUUGGACGAGCGGAAACAGGAGCUGGUGCGUCUGAUCACCAGGGAGCAGGAUGAAAAGCUGCAGCAGGUGCGGGCGCUCGUACGGCAGCACGGCGAACGGCUGGAGGCAUCCGUGACACUGGUGGAGUCGGCCGUCCAGGCCGCAGAAGAGCCGCACAUGGCGCUCUUCAUCCAGAAUGCUGCUGUCAUACUGGACAAGAUGUCCGCGUCCACACGAGUCGCCAACGACCUGCGUCCGCAACUCCACUACGACAACAUGAGCCAUUUUGUCAUCGACGUCGACGACAUCGUUGAUAUGUUGACCAGCAUCGACUUCUGCCACACUGCAGCGGGCGAAGGUGAAGACGACCUAGAGGACGACUCAGAACUGGACUGACCCGCCAUCAACACAGGGACUCCUCCCAAUGAGAUCCACAUGGUCCCUGCGCCACAUUGAGUUCCAUUUACUCCACUAUAAACCACAGUAAUCUACAAGGUCCCUGCACCUCAUCGGGGACCUCAUGUAUUAAGAGUUGCAUGGAUGUCCUACUAAAAAUAGACGUACGUCCAAUCCAAAAAACAUCAUACACAGAUGUAUUAAAGUGUGCAUGCGCACGCACAAAUCCAAGCACAUUUCUUUGUUACAUCACAUUCAACCUGGAAAUGACUGCAGAUGUUUGCCUGGCUGGCCAGCCCAGGCCACGCCCCCUUAUUAAUACGCAAAUCAUAUUGAUCCGUUGAGAGGCUGCAAUAAGAAAGAAAUGUUGAAACAGACGACUAAGGGACCGGAGAUAAAUUAGUGGAAAUUUUGAAAAAUAUAGUCGCUACAAUGACAUGUCAAACUUUAGAAGAGGUGCGUAACUCUGAUAACCCUUCAUAUAAAUAUAAUUUGUGUAAUUAAUAACAAAAUAUGUUCAUACAGUAGAGCGUAUUCACAGCCAGAUUAGUUUCAUGCGAAAAUGUUGUAAUAUUUGGUUUGCAAUCAUUUAAAUUCAAACCACAUUGUCUCUAAAAUCCAUAAAACGGACUCAACUCUGCCAGAUUUCUCUGAGGUCCCUGUGAAGUGAAGUGUAUUUAUAUAGCGCUUUUCUCUAGUGACUCAAAGCGCUUUACAUAGUGAAACCCGUUUAAACCAGUGUGGGUGGCACUGGGAGCAGGUGGGUGAAGUGUCUUGCCCAAGGACACAACAGCAGUGACUAGGAUGGCAGUAGUGAUGGGUCCGGCAACCCCGAUGCAUCGGCGCAUGCGUCGAGCUCAUAGAGCAAAACCCUGUGUCGGUGCGCGUACCACUUUUAGAAAGUCACGUGACCGAUACGCGAACUGUGUCGCACUGACGCCUCCUCUGUGCCCUGUGAGCGGGUCUUUUC